AUGCUAUUUGUUGAAUUAAUUUUACUUUAUGAUUUUUGUGACUUUAGCGGAGCUUUGUACGCAUCGUGCAAUCCGACUGCGAAUCAAACCGAUUUAUAUUUCUUCAACGCCCUUCCCAAUCUUCGCUGUAACAUUGCAUCACUGGUCAAAGAGAAGAAGUACGAGUUGGCCGUGCAGUUAGCUGCGAACAUUCCUGACGAGAAUAACGACGAGCGCACCAAACGCGUGCAUGACAUUAAACAUUACUACGCCUUCGACCUUUACAGAAAGCGACGCUUCAGCGAUGCGUUCCAAAUCUACAGCGAGAUUGGAGCAGGUCAGUGUCGCUUUGUUUUACUCCACUCGCACUGA